AUGAAUUCAUACUACCAAUUCAAAUUCUGGCUCACCGCUAAAAAACAGCCAUUUCCAGGUGUUUGCCCCGAGCCGCAGGGAAAUGCAUUCAAGGGGCUGGCCCUGUUCCUCCUGGUCGUCUGGACGAUUGGGGCCAAUGCCUUGGUGUUCGUCGUGCUCAAGAAGAACCCCCGGCUGCAGACGGUGCCGAACUUAUUGGUGGGAAACCUGGCGUUCAGCGACCUGUGCUUGGGGCUCAUCGUGUUGCCCCUAUCUUCUGUGUACGCGAUAGCCGGCGAAUGGGUUUUCCCGGAGAUGUUGUGCGAGAUCUUCGUAUCGGCCGACAUCCUUUGCUCCACGGCGUCCAUCUGGAACCUCGGCAUCGUCGGGUUGGACCGCUACUGGGCCAUCACUUCCCCGGUUGCGUAUAUGAGCAAGCGUAACAAGAAAACGGCCGGGAUCAUGAUCCUUUCGGUCUGGGUCUUCUCUUCACUUAUCUCGUUGGCCCCGAUGCUUGGGUGGAAGCAGGUGGCCCCGCAUGGCAAUAUGGUGCAACAGAACGGCACCUGGCAAUGUACCUUCCUCGACCUUCCCUCAUACACUGUUUAUUCAGCGACCGGUUCCUUCUUUAUCCCACUGCUGCUAAUGUUCUUCGUUUACUUCAAAAUCUACCAAGCUUUUGCUAAGCACCGGGCACGCCAGAUCUACCGCCAGAAGGUCAUCCGUAAACACAUCGAGUCGACGAUACUUCAUGAAAUAUCGCACGUGCUCCCUACGUCGGAUGAGUUUGCGAAGGAAGAGGAGGAAGACGAAGAUGAUAGCUCGAGCUCGGGAGCAGUGGAGAAUGGUCUGGGCAAUAACGAUGCAAUUCCGGAGGAGGAUGAGAUGGAGGCGGAAAGUAGCGGUCGGGACGAACGAAGUGACGAGACGCAACACACAACCGCCGGAUCGUCGGUCACGCCUACAUUACCUGGAAAGAAAGAAGUAACCAUGGCUCGUAGCCUGCCGCCCAUAUCCGAUCGAAAGAAGAAGCUGGAGGCCAAGCCGGUCAAGAGUGUUGUUAUGAUCAGCUAUGAGAAAGUGAAGCGGCACAAGAUACGAAAAGAACGAAUGUACCGAAAAUCCUUGCAACGAAAGCCGAAGGCCAUAUCUGCGGCCAAGGAGCGGCGUGGUGUCAAAGUGCUCGGCAUCAUCCUCGGCUGCUUUACGAUUUGCUGGACGCCGUUUUUCAUAAUGUACAUAGUCGUGCAGUUCUGUCGGGAGAAUUGCCACGUGAACCCGCACAUCGAAAUGUUCAUCACCUGGCUUGGUUACUCGAAUUCCGCAAUGAAUCCCAUUAUCUACACGGUGUUUAACCGCGACUAUCAGAUUGCGCUGAAGCGGCUCUUCGUUGGCGAUAAGACGAAGCCGGCCAUUCGGGCGUUG